GAAAAUGCUUCAACUCUGUUAGUUUUUACAGCUGGUGUACUUCGUCUGGAAAAAAAAAAGUUGAACCAUAUGGAAAAUUCUUGCGGCAUUAGAUCAAUCACAGUUCCCUUUGUCGCUUAAAUGUCAAAGAGCCUUUAUGUUAGUUAUAUGGCAGGCGUCCACUGGAGAACUAAGUCGCUGGGCUGAAUGGUCGUUGUAACAUCAGUGAAAAAGCAGAAGCGCGACGGAUGUGGGCAGCAUCUCAACACAGAUAGUCAGAGCUGGCGCACCGGGUGCAGCUCAUCUGAAAGGCCCAUUGAGCCCAAACUAUGAACCCCGAGGAGCAGACUGUUACGUGGCUAAUAACAUUAGGCGUGCUUAAUUCACCCAAAAAGAAUAUCGCUGACCCAGAGGAAUUUCUGAAAACGUCCCUCAGAGAUGGAGUCGUCCUGUGUAAGCUUAUUGAGCGAGUGCUACCUGGAGCCAUCACAAAGUAUUCAGCUGAACCCAAAUGCGAAGCGGACUGCAUUGCAAACAUUCGGGAGUUUCUGAAAGGAUGCCAGUCUUUAAAGGUUGAGGGCUUUGAUGCAGAAAGUUUAUAUAGUGGGGAGAACUUCAACAGAGUUCUGUCGACACUCUCAGCAAUAAACAUCGCCACUCAAGAUUGUAGCAGAUCAUGUCCACAGUCCAACACCUCUACGUCUAGCCUAUCAACUCCUUCACAAGCUGCUCCCACCUUAAAGUCCAGCAGGUCCUUGCGGAGACAGUCAAAAGCUGUGGAAAUGUCGGAAAAUGGAGGCGGUGGGCAGCUGGUGGUAAAGGCACGCUUCAAUUUCAAGCAGAACAAUGAGGACGAGCUGUCUUUCAGCAAGGGCGAGCUGAUCCACGUCACACGCCAGGAGGAAGGUGGUUGGUGGGAGGGAACACUUAAUAGCAAAACCGGCUGGUUCCCCAGCAAUUAUGUCCGAGAGGUCAAGCCAUGUGAUAAACCAAUAUCCCCCAAAGCAAUAAAAGGAUUUGAUGUUCCUCAGCUGACUAAAAAUUAUUACAGUGUGGUGGUGCAAGACAUCUUAGAACAUGAGCGAGAGUUUGUCAAAGAGCUGCAGAACGUGCUGGGCGGCUACCUGCGCCCUCUACAGGCCAGCGACAAGCUCUCCAGUGUGGACUGCUCCAGUCUGAAUGGGAAUUUAGAGGACAUCCUCUCUUUCCAGCAGGGCCUGUGUCUGACUUUAGAGGAGUGCUCCAAGGUGCCAGAGGGCCAGCAGCGCAUUGGUGGCUGUUACCUGAACAUGAUGUGUCAGAUCCGAACACUGUAUUUGUCGUACUGCUCCAGUCAUCCCUCUGCAGUGUGUGUGCUCACUGAUCACAGUGAGGAGCUGGACAAGUUCAUGGAGAGCCAAGGUGCCAGUGCUCCAGGUAUCCUGACCCUGACCACUAGCCUGAGCAAACCCUUUAUGAGACUCGACAAAUAUCCCACACUCCUGCAGGAACUGGAACGACACGUCGAGGAAGCGCAUCCAGAUUACAGCGACAUUCUGAAAGCAACAGCAGCUUUUAAAAAUCUUGUGACUCAGUGUCAAGACCUGCGAAAAAGAAAGAACCUGGAGUUGCAGAUUUUGUCCGAACCAGUGCGAGGCUGGGAGGGCGACAGUAUGAAGUCACUGGGUCAGGUGAUCUACAUGUCACAAAUCCACAUGCAGAGCAGCGCAAAUGAGGAAAAAGAAGAGAGAUACUUCAUGCUGUUUCCUAAUGUGAUAAUCAUGCUGUCUGCCAGCCCAAGAAUGAGUGGUUUCAUUUAUCAGGGACGUUUGCCGCUGACAGGAACCUCUGUAACCAAACAGCCAGAGGAUGCAGAGACCGGCCAUUAUGCCUUUGAGAUCACAGGUGGCUCAAUAGAUCGGACCAUGGUGUUCUGCAGUAGCUUACAGGAACAACAGGAUUGGUUAGAACAUCUUCAUCCUUACAUAAAGGUAGGAAGUCCAUUUGAAACAGUGCUGAAGGUAAUAGCGUUUUUUGCAGCUUUCACCUCUAUCCAGUUGAACAGUAAGUCAAACGUCAUGUUCUUGUGUAUUUUACAGAAUGUUGAUGUUAAACCUUUAACCAUGCCUGGCACGUCUUCCCACCACUUGCACGGUUUCAGUACGACUGCGGUUAACCGAGGACCUCUCGAACCCCCUAAAAUCACCAAGCCCUGGUCUUUAAGCUGCCUGAGACCCGCGCCGCCCCUGAAGCCCUCCGCCGCUCUCGGCUAUAAAGAGGACUCUAGUAAAAGCCCCAGACCCAUUAAGAAGUUCCUCCCCAAGAGAAAAACAGAGAGAAAGCCAUCAGACGACGAGUUCCUGCUUAGAAAAAGUACGGCAGCUCUAGAAGAGGACGCCCAGAUACUCAAAGUGAUUGAGGCCUACUGCACAGGAGCCAGUCUCCACCAGUCCACCACAGCUGUUCGUAAAGAGUGCGUCCCGCAGGUCCUGCUUCCAGAAGAAGAGAAGAUUAUUGUGGAGGAUAUCAAGAGCAAUGGCCAGACCACCAUUGAGGAGAAAAGUCUAGUUGAUGCCGUUUAUGCCUUGAAAGAUGAAGUCCAUGAAUUAAAAAAGGAGAAUAAAUGGAUGAAGCAGUGUCUGGAGGAGGAACAGAAGUCUCGUAAGGAGCUGGAGCGUGUUGUCAGAAAGUUGGCCAAGCAAAAGAACGACUGUUCCUGGGAUGAAGGAGGUCACUAAAGAACACUCGCCUUUUUCCCCUCGCCAUUUGCAUGUACGUUUUUUGUGUCACUGUGUGUCCUUGCAACAAUCACAUUACACUGAACGUUGCUUUUGAAAAGUCUCCAUGUUGGGGGUUUUCAGCCAUUUCUCAUCAAAGGUUUUUUUUAAGGACAAGAUGCGAUGAGAAUAUCAAAUCUGUGACUUUUUAUUCUGACUAUAUGGAAGAAUAUCACUGUGCGGUUUGUUUUCACGCUCCUGUGAAGUGGCGUUUUCAGAACAAAACAGCAGCUGUUCUCGAAGACCAAGUGAACUGCUUAUUGAGGAAGUAUUAGGUGAUUUUUCUUCUUGUGGAGUCCUGUCCUCAACCCUUCAACUUUCUUUCUUGUUCACUCAAGCACUCCAACAAGAAACAUCACAUAAAAAAAGAUGAUGGGAUUUCUUGUUUUUGAACUGAACAAAUAUCUGCCUCACUUUAUGACUGUUACUGGUCAUGGACAAGAGGAAUCUGAAGACAUGAACAGCAUUCCAACUCAAGCCGCUAUUGCACAAGUAAAUAGAUGACCGUAGACUUCACCGUAUCCAUAAGUAUUGUCCUGUUUCUGCUUUUAUAAUGUGAAAACGGUACCGUGAGAAAGCUUUUAGGUCACAAGUGAACAAGAUUUAGGUGUGCGAUUUGGUCCUGAUAUAGAUAUGAGAUGCCCUACUUGCCAUCUUGAAAUGCGAUUGCUUUUUCCUGUUAGGGUGUGUUUUCAUGAAACCGCUUUUGACUAAACAUUUAGUUUUAGUUAAAAAAAAGUUUAGCCCAAUUCUUUCUUUUUUUUUGUUUUGCAAUUCAAUGUGCAAGUUUAACGUUGUUGUCAACCGUAAACUAUUUAAAAACAAUGACUCCACUCACAUCCAUAUUACGUGUUUAGUCUGUAUGGAUGAACCAAACAUGCACUGACAGACUACAGCACUGUUUUUACAUUUGUAAAAUGUUGCUUUACAAAGUGACAUGUUGAUCUAAUAGCCUGGCAUGCAGAAUCUAUUUUUAUUUUUAAUCUAUUUUUAAUCUAAAUUUUAUUUUAUUAUUUUGGAUUUCAAAUUUUAGAUUUGCAAAAACUUUUAAUAUAAAUUUAUGAUAAAGAAAGGUGAAUUACCGACCAACUCAAAAGUGAUGGAUUGCCUAAACCAAAUAAUUGUAUCAUUGCGUCUGAAAAUGUCAACUACUCAGUAGGUGCCGCAUUUGAAUUUAAACGUACAACUCAGCUGUUAGAAAAGUACGUCCUAUACAGUAUGAAUGUCAUUAGUAUGAAUUGAACUCGGACAUACUACUGCACAUCCACCAUUUUGUCAUCAUCACGUGUCCUACCAGUGCCAGUUGCAUCGCUUCACUCCCAUUCAUAAAAUCUGUCGCGGUACAUCAUGGGAUAGCGUAGCAUCUAUCUGAUGCGCGCUUUGGCGGUUGAUUCUGCUGUGGUGACCCCAGAUUAUUAAAGGUACUAAGCUGAAAAGAAAAUGAAUGAACGGACGGACGGACAUUACUGGCGCAGCAGAGCUGUCAAGUUUCUGUUUGUUUCCAGGCAUAGGCAGCAAACAUUUUUCGCCCUUAUAUUUUCUUUGCAAAAUUAACACUGUAGGUUUGGAAAUAAAACCCCAUAACAGUACUUCAGCUUUAGAUUCAACAUAUUCACAACUUGUUUCCCAGACAGUCACUUAAUUCUAAAACAUUACAGCAGCGAGGGGGCGAGGCUGAGAGCUAUGGGAAUGGAAUGAGGCCGGCACUUGAGUGAGAAAGAGAAGCACCUGUGGCACACACUGGCCUUGAGUCCCGCAGAGGAGCUCUGCAUUACAAGAGGAAGAGUGACGACAGAGGAGGAUGAGAGAGGACCAGGCCUGGAUGUAUUUACGUUGUGUUUGUUUUCAGUUCGACGGCAGUCUCCAUGAGGAGCUGCUGUCUGUAUGUUUUUUUCUCUUUAAUAAAUUAUUUAAAUUUCGUCGGUUCUCUUCCUCCUUCCCGACAGGCUGUUUAACAUCAUUACAUUGGCUCUUAUAAUCCAGAGCUCCUCUGCGGAACUUGAGGCCAGUGUGUGCCACAGGUGCUUCUCGUUCUCACUCAAGCACUGUCCUCUUUCCAUUCCCACGGCUCUCAGCCUCGCCCCCUCACCACAAUUACAUUUACAUGCUUCUGAUAAUCAUCACUUGUGUAUCAGGGAUAUAGCUAUCAGAAGAAGUUAAGUUUAUAAUGCUAUACUAAUACGAUUGAUUGAUAAUAUAAUGUAUGUAUAUCAUAUAUACUUGUAUAUCAUAGAUGCUAUGACAGAAAGAACCCUAUAAAUGCUUUUUUCUUAAAUAAUAAUAUAACAAAAAUACACGAGGAGAUGCCAACCUCCAUUUUUCAGAGGCUUGAAACUGCUUCGUAUUUAUCUUAAACCAAAAAUGAUCAAGUAUGAAUGCAAAUUUGGUACUAAGAGCCCUUUUAAAGGGUGUACAUGGAAUCAUAAGGUACCUCAGGCACUGAUAUCACUCAUCAUAUAAUAUUAUAAUGAGAAACAAAUGCGGUUGUAACCCAAUUAAAUGAUUUGUUUUUGCUCUCCUGGAGGUGUGCAGUGCAAUGCACUUUUCUUACUCAUUCUCAGUCUGCCAUAGUCAUGUGUGGCAAUGCGUGGUACGGCUUACCUUUUUGAAGUUGCCAGAUUGACUGUAACAAGUUGCCUUUCCUUACCUUUUAUUACCGAUCAUAACCGUGACUAAUGCUUUCAAUCGCUGUGAAUUGAAGAGACGAUCUCCAUCUUCAUGCGAUAGAGAAAUGCAUGCAGAAAGCUGAGAAGGCUUUUUAUUUUGCUUUUUAAAUCCACCAGCAGUCACUUCCGGAGCAUUGCUGUGGCACUUCAAUGCAAUAUAUGACUGUUUGUUUGGUUACGAUUGCUGUGCAUUCAUUCAAGAGCCAGAUUUUCUCUUGGAAGGAGUAUACUGUAUAAUAUAUUCUUCCGAUUAGGCAAUAAGAUGUGCUUCAAGGUGCACAGAUGUAAUGCUGUUACUGUGGUACUGUGUGUAAAGUUGUUUCAUGUUUGUGUGCGUGUUUGUUUUCCAGCAAUUAACCUUGCAUGCCAUGUGUUACACAUAGCCUUAAAUAUUAUUUUCAAGUGUUAACCCUGAUUGUAUUCUUGUUGUUGUUACAAAAACUCCAGAUCUGUCUAUAAUCUGGACAUCAGCAGAGAUAAAUGUGAUAUUUCUGCUCUGGUCUUGAGAUUGAAGUGAGCAGUAUGUAAAUAUGCAUUGUUUUAAUAUGGAAAUGUGCUAUUUCCUAAUGGUGGCUAUGAAAGAAAGUCGAGUUUGUCCUCCAAAUGUUGUCAGGAAAUGAUUAAUAGCACUUUCACGUGAUCAUAAUGAGAGCUGAAGAACGUCCAUGUCAGUUUCCUCUCUUUAAAAAGUGCCCAUGUCUGCAGAGCGCAAGAUUUUUAUUUUUUUGCGGAGCUGAUCUAUGCAAUAUAAAUGCUAAAAUUCAUAUAUGUGAUAUGUUUUCUUCCCUAGUGCUUGUUUUUAUUUCGUCCUCAUUUCAAUAAGGAACUGUUUUAAUAAAAAUAACAUCAUGUUAA